UUAAUAGGUGGAAGCAAGGCAUGGCUAGGUCAUUACUUUCUAAACCCCGGACUUUUCACCUCUGCACAAUCGCAGGUCUAAAGUGCAUGAAUAUUUAAGCCCUGGCACGCUCUGUAAGAGAAAUCAACUUUAAAAAUGUGGAGGAUCCCAUUAUCGCUGUCAGUAUAAUUUUGCGGCACAAAUCUGGUACAAGUGGCAGAAUUAGAAGGAAACGCCGUUUUGGAAACCACGACGUUAUAAAAGAAUUGGUACAGUUUUGUCAAAAUCUCUGGCAGGUAGGACCGUGUGUUGCCAGGUGAUCUACAUUCUUGAGGGUCCUUAACGGAUGACGAUCGAGACUGCAGUCAAAUGGCUUGCAUCAACAUCAACAAGCGCCUUCGAAAUGAACUGUGACGUAUGCGGAAGUAAGUGGGAGGACCAAUGAACUACAUUGGGGCGGACAUUUGUAGUCUGUCACCAUAAAACACAAACUAGCUCGAGUGAUAUGUUAUCAUUCAUCAUUAUAACGAGUAUAACGGAACCACUGCUACCGCGGUACAGGGGUUGAGUGGAUGAAGGAAAAUGACGGGCCAGACCACGAGGAAACGCCUUUGGAAAUUCGUGAAAAUAACAUGUCUGAGUUUGACAUUUCUGCUGGCUGUGCUGCUGCUCGUGGCGGGGAUCAGGACCAUGUCGCUGGACGUGAACGCGGGGCUUCAGUUGGCGAACUGGGAAAACACGAGUGCCAUUGCUCCCGAUAUCAGUCAUCAACAGAGAGAGCAGCUCUUGGCAAGUUUCAAAGCGGCGAUUCGGAUUCCCACCGUGUCUUUCAGUGAAACGGACCGGAACACCACUGCGCUCGCGGAGUUCAACAUUUUGCUGAAAAGAGCGUUCCCCAUAGUGUUCUCCUCUGAGCUGGUCAAGCAUGAAGUGGUGGCCAGUUACAGCCACCUGUUCUGGGUGCCCGGCUCGAACCCCGCCCUGACGCCCUACAUGCUGCUCGCGCACAUCGACGUGGUGCCGGCCGCGGAGAGCGACGGUUGGGAGGCCCCGCCCUUUUCCGCCGAGGAGAUCGACGGUUUCAUCUACGGCCGCGGCACCAUCGACAACAAGCAGUCCGUCAUGGGCAUCCUGCAGGCGCUGGAGUACCUGUUGGAGAGAGGGUACCGGCCCCGACGGGGGUUCUACAUCGGCCUGGGGCAUGACGAAGAGGUGAGUGGCCGGGAAGGUGCUGUGAAUAUCGUGAAGGUGCUGAAGUCUCGUGGGGUGAAGCUGGCGUUUGUCCUGGAUGAGGGCCUGGGCGUGCUGGACGGGAUUAUCAGCGGUCUGGAUGGGCCUGCAGCUCUCAUUGGGAUCACUGAGAAGGGCAUGGCCAACGUGAAGCUGAGCGUCACCACCGCCCCUGGCCACUCCUCUAUGCCCCCCAGGCAGACCAGCAUCGGCAUCCUGGCUGCCGCGGUGACCAGAUUAGAGGCAAACCCGAUGCCUCGCCUGUUUGGCUAUGGCCCCGAGCGAGGGACCUUUGAACACUUGGCCCACAAGUUUGGACUUCCUCUCAAGUUCAUUAUGUCCAACAUCUGGCUGUUUUCCCCUUUACUUGGCAGGGUAAUGGAGCGAAAACCAGACACAAAUGCCUUUGUCCGAACAACACUCGCCGUCACCAUGUUUAACUCUGGCGUGAAGAUUAAUGUCAUCCCUCCAUACGCCGAAGCCUUCGUAAAUCUGCGCAUUCACUCUGCGCAGACGGUGCAAGAGGUUCUGGAUCUGAUCCGGUCCACGGUGGGUGACGAGCGGGUGAAGGUGGAGCUGGUGAACGGGUUCGACCCGCUCCCUGUCAGUGCGUACGACGAGACGGCGUUCGGGUACCAGAUCAUUAAGAAGACGACGCUGGACAUGUUCCCCCAGCUCACCGUGGCACCUGGCGUGUGUGUUGGAAACACAGACAGCCGCCACUACGUCGACCUGACCACAGACAUUUACCGAUACGCUCCUACCUGGUUUAAACCUGGAGACCCAGGCAGGUUCCACGGCGUGAACGAGAGGAUAUCCGCCAACAACUAUGAGGAGCUGGUGAAGUUCUACUUCCUGCUAUUCCAGAACUGUGACAUCACAAAGCUGCCGGAGACGCACGGCAGCGACCAUGAACUGUGAGUGGGGGGGGGGGGCGGGGGCUGAGCACCGCCCACGGGCACACCACUGGCCGCUCGUGCCCGAGGGACCUUGAUCAGACGGGACAGCCUGCACUAUUUGGGUGUGAUUAUGUCAAAGUGGCGGGACGGUCGCCAUGGAGAUUUCCUUGAAAUGACUGUUGCAGUGCGAAAGAGGUCAUGUGACCUUUUUUGAAAGUGAUUAGUUGCUGAUUAGCCUUGUCAGUGAAACUAAUGCUGGAUUCACGUGUGAUUUUGAUGACUACUGUGGACAUAACGCAAAGCGUGUGCCUUAAUUUUACAAUACUGCUUCUGAGCCAGUGUGCAAUCUUAUGGAUAAGAGCGUCUGCUAAAUGCCUGUAAUGUAAUGUAAUGUAAUAAAAAUAAUUCUAAUAAUUUGAA